AUGAAGGUGAGUGGAAAACCGUCGUCCAUAAUCGCAGCCCUUAAAACUCAAGAAACUUUUAAUCUGAGCCGCAUAAACUCAAAAGUUGCGGUUGUGUGCAGAUUAUCAAUCGGCUCCUACUUCUUCUACCCACGAUUGCAUCCAUGCCUCUUAUUCGCUAACCGCUACAAUCACGUUGUACAAAUCAGCCUAUAUAUUGAUCGUUCGAUGUUUGAUGUUUGCAUCUUUCAAUUGGUAAAAAGAAUUGCUUCAUUUGAUUCUAUGGAUUCCAAUUCGUCCGACAUUUGUUCACCUAAGAAAUUUGAAGAUGUUGAGGAAAAAGUCAAUCCACAAUCAGAUGUAUCAAAAUCGACAUGUCAUUCUGAUUCUGUGAGUGUUCAAAUAAUCGACUUCAGUGUUCACUUCAGUCCCUGCAAAUCCCAGUUGGAGAGGGUGAUUUCUGAAGAGGUUUUUUUAAUUGCCAAAGAAGAAGAGAAGUUGUCAAGAAAGAAAAAAGGAAGUUGGCUUUGUUAUGUCGGAAGUGGGAAGAAGUUGUGGAUCUAUGUGAAGAUGAAGAGUUGGGUGGAUCUAUCAUUCAUACCACUGAAAAAGAAAGUAAAAGUUUCCAUUCAAUCUCGAAAUGGAGUCAUGAAACUUUUUGAUGAAUAAGAUGUUUAUGAGUGUGUAACAUCCCAAAAUCGAGACCCAAAUUUUUUUUAAUUACA